AUCGGGAGAUCGUCGAUCAACACCCCUGUCGUUCGGAAGGAACGCAACGGUCCGAAUCGGGAAAAGUGAACGAAACGAUCAAGAUGUCUAUCUCUAGCACUUUGUGCGCCGAAAUAACCAAGCCAAAUCUAUCGUUUGCAAUCGAUGCGAUCAUCAUUGGAAAGCGAAAAGCAAAAUCUGGAACUAGAGGAGGCACUAACAUUCCCUUCAAUUUCACAAUCAAAGAUGUCGUGGGCGACACGGCCAACGUCGUUUACUGGGCGCGGCCGGACAAGUAUCUCGAGGCGAACUCCAUCCUCCAGCUUGGGAGUGCCUUCCGUUUUGUAUCGUUGAAGUCCUCAAGCGCAGGUCGGGGCAAGGAAAUAGAUCCGAGAACGACUUGUGCAUUCGUAUUACAAAUGUCGACAUUGAGCGUCGAGAAAUUGGGCGACAAGAAAAUCGAAGAAAAACUGAUGCAUAUCUUCAGCACGAUCCCACAAGGACUCGAAGUGACUCCGAUACCCCAGCUGCUGUCAGCGACGGCGACCUUUCGAACGAAUGUGAUGGCUACAGUAGUCUCGAUAGGCGAGCUGCGCCAAGUCAAAGUACCGAGCGGCGAACUCGCAUCAGCGCUCGACCUCGAGGUGGCUGACCACAGUCUCGAAAGCAUAAUCGUGACCUUGUGGGGCUCUGAGCUGACGGCCUUCGUCCACGAACAGAUUAUGGCCUGGGAUUCGGUGAUCCUCCUACAAGAUGCGAAAGUGAAGUUCUACGCGAACCGAUCCAACCACGUCACGAUCGGUACCCAGACCUUAGUCACUCCGAACGCGUCCGGGAAGGCUGCUACGAUAAUUCAGAGGGCCGUCGCGAAGGCUCGGGCGGAGGGAUUGAAGUUCCGCAAAAUGCUCGAGAUUCCGAAGACGGCUCCGGCUUACAGUCCCGAUCUACCGCCACAAUGGAUGUUGCUCAAAGUCAUCAGCGAUUUCUUCAAUCGGGCCCUUUGGCCCGAUCACAUCAACCCCUACAAGCCCAUGGUGUCGAUAUGUGAGUUUAUUGAGACGUAA